AAUUUUGACAAUGAGACGAUAUAUUUCUUACACUGUCGUAUCGAUAGAUCCGCUGUCGACAGUCGGGUCACAAUUGGCUAAUUCGGUCGCAGAUUCACAUCAAUUUCGCACACCACAGAUAGGUGGCACAAUCGCGCGAAAUACGCCCGCUGCUAGCACACGCAUGCCUCUCUGCACCUAAACACCCCACACAUGUGCAUGCAAUCUGGGAGUACUUCAAUUUUAAUUUGAUUUUGCACCCAGAUACAAGUUGUACACUUGCGCAUCGACGCUGUGACCUUCGCAGGAUUGGGUCUCGUCUCGUGUCUUCUGCACCGCUUUCAUUGUCAGUGUCAAGAAGAAAAAUCAAUGGAGGACUUGACACCAUUAACCAACCUUCAACAGUUGAUUUUCAUUCUGUUUAUUAUGAUUUCUUACAGUUUUAGUUCCAAUAAUUCCACAAUAACUACUGUGCAUUCCCAAUAUUUUGUGACUUAUUAUCCAUUCCGAUUCCGGAGGGUGCGGCACGCAAGAAAAAGAUGACGGAACGCCAACCGUUGCUGCUCCAAAGCGAUGCAUCGGACUAUGAGGCUAGCCGGGGACCAGCACGACCGGCCCGCAGCUCGCCGCCUGACAACACGCUCGUUAAUGUCCACAGCGAGGACAGCAUAGCAGUGCAUGCGGCAGCCUCGGCCUCGGGAUCCGGAGACGAAGAUCAGGCGGCUGUGGACAAGGGCAGCUAUAAUCCCUCUCUCCAUCGCACCCUGGAACAUCCGACAUCCAACUCUGAGACACUGGUGCAUCUGCUGAAGGGUAACAUUGGCACUGGCAUUCUGGCCAUGCCGGACGCCUUCAAGAAUGCCGGUCUCUAUGUGGGUCUCUUUGGUACGCUAAUUAUGGGAGCCAUUUGCACGCACUGCAUGCACAUGCUGGUCAACUGCUCCCACGAGCUGUGCCGGCGGCUGCAGCAGCCGGCCCUGGACUUUUCAGAUGUGGCCUACUGCAGCUUCGAGACGGGACCGUUGGGUCUGCGGCGAUACUCUCUACUGGCCAGGCGGAUCGUUACCACGUUUCUGUUCAUCACACAGAUUGGGUUCUGCUGCGUGUACUUUCUGUUUGUGGCGCUGAACAUCAAGGAUGUGAUGGAUCACUACUAUAAGAUCAAUGUGCACAUAUAUUUGUUGAUAAUGCUGAUGCCUAUGAUUGUGCUGAAUCUGGUGCGGAAUCUCAAGUAUCUGACUCCCGUUUCCCUCAUUGCGGCGCUACUCACGGUGGCCGGACUGGCCAUAACCUUCUCGUACAUGCUGCACGAUCUGCCCGACGUGCACACGGUCAAGCCGAUAGGUACAUGGGCCACGCUGCCCCUCUACUUUGGAACAGCCAUCUACGCGUUUGAGGGCAUCGGUGUGGUGCUGCCGCUUGAGAACAAUAUGCGAACACCCGACGACUUUGGCGGUACCAGGGGCGUUCUCAACACGGGCAUGGUAAUCGUCGCCUGUCUGUACACAUCUGUGGGCUUCUUUGGCUACCUGAAGUACGGCGAAGACGUCAAGGGCAGCAUUACACUUAAUCUGCCGCAAGGCGAUGCCCUCUCGCAGCUGGUGCGACUUACUAUGGCCGUGGCCAUCUUCCUCUCGUAUACGCUUCAGUUUUAUGUGCCCGUUAAUAUUGUAGAGCCGUUCGUUCGCAGCCAUUUUGACACUACGCGGGCCAAGGACUUGGCAGCGACUAUCCUACGAACAGUGCUGGUCACUUUCACUUUUCUGUUGGCCACCUGCAUUCCCAAUCUGGGCUCUAUUAUUUCGUUGGUGGGAGCCGUCAGCAGCUCUGCAUUGGCUCUCAUUGCGCCGCCAAUUAUUGAAAUUAUUACGUACUAUCAUGUGGGCUAUGGCCGCUACAAUUGGAUGCUAUGGAAGGACUUCCUUAUCCUGAUCUUUGGACUAUGUGGCUUUGUCUUUGGCACUUGGGCAAGCCUGGCUCAAAUUUUAAACGAUAGAACUCAUUAAACAGGGAAAAGUGUGUGCGAAUUUACGAAUGUCGAAGGCUUUACGUAGCAGUCGCGAACUCUACGAAUAUUUAUAUAAUUAGGUUGUUUGCCCCCUUUUUUAAAACGUGCAUCGGGCACAGUGGCGGUGCUCAAAUUUGAUUUUAUUUAUUUUUUGUCCACGAAUCAGUUGCAAUUCUGUGUUAUCCAUUAGCUACAAUUCUUGUACCAGACAAUAACUAGCAUUUUAAGUAUACAAUUUUACAUAUAUGUAGUUUUUUCUUGAUUUAGUUUUACAGUUUAAAGGAGGAUUUUAUUCGAGGACCGCGCCGCGCACAAUGCCAAAAGUGAUUUUUUCUCGUAGUAUUCUUAAAUAAAUUAUUGUUUAGAUUUUACUAUGGAUCCGCAGUAGUCUAGGCCGGAUCGGUGUAGAUCUUUCCAAAACAACGGCUAAGAAUUUACCAGAAACGAACUUUAGCUAUAGCCUAACCACAUACUUUUAUCGUUAUUAUAUACUCCAUAAAGGGUCCCCCAAUCUUCUGUAUAUACAUAUGUAUUCGGUGUAUCCACAAAAUGUUCUUUAAUUGUUCAUGCAGUAACAAAAGACAAUAAUUAAUGUAAUGUUUAUAAAAACCAA